CUGUGGGAGGCACCAGCGCCCCGCCUCCCAGCCGCACUGCGCCGCCGCGCAGCCGCCAUCGCCUGGGCCGUGCCACCGCAGGGAGCCGCGGGGGGGGGACAGCCGGGACAUGCCCGCUCUGCCCGUUGGACUGUCCCGCCUCCUAGGCAACCGGCACCACCAUACCGCCCCAUCUCCCGCCGGCAGCGGUCUCGGGCGGGUGAGGUGCCGGCUCCGGCAAGUGUCGACUGCUUAUAGACUUUUGCAGUAGAACAAAUAAAUAAGGAUACUUCAACCCUUUUAGUGCAGAGCACUGUCACACGGAUCCAGCCAUGCCUGCAGAAGGAAAAAGUGAUAUGGAGAGGAUUGGCCUUUUCAGUGAAAUGGGUUAUGUUACCAUUGGAGAUAAAUAUGUAUCACAUUAUAUGCGCCCUUUUAAUGAAGCUGCAAGCAAGAACAGGCAGAUGUUACCUGGGGGAACCAAAACAUUGUCAGCUCUGCAGGCAGGUUAUUUUGAGCCUCAGUUUGUGAGGAUUUUUGAUGGUGAAGCCUAUGCAAACCCUGUUCAGCUAAGGAGACGGUACAGGUUGGCAGAAUCAAAGAAAAAUUUGGGCAAAGCUUUCCUUCCCAGUAAUGGAGACAAAUUGCCUGGCUGUAUGAUCAUGUACUUUGCUGACCAGUUUAUGACAUACUGUCAAAAACUGAUUUUCAAGUUGGUCUUUAAAAAAACAGUCUUCGUGACUUCAGACAGAUGUGGACUUGGCAGCUAUUAUGGAACCAUAGGAGGUUCGUAUGCAUAUUUCAGUCCACAGCUGAAAGCCAGAGAAAGAUACAUUCCACCUGGAAAGAAUUUUUAUACUAAUCCAGGAAAGAAAGGAACUGGAUAUGGUUAUGCAAACCUUACCAUAGGUGAACAAUUUCCACAUGAGCCUGAUGGGUAUGAAGUAGAAAGAAUAAAUGCAAAGAAAGCACAAGAGGAACACAAGCGGCUGGUUAAAGGAGGGCCUUUCAAGUUAAAUCUAUAUCCCCAGGAGUAUUUUGACAUGAAUCCCUAUUUUAAUGACAAACCUUUGCCACCUCUGAAGAAACCACCUCCAGAGAAGCCAAUUGCACCACCUUUCAAGCCAAGUUCUCCUGCUAAAAAGUCAGGGGGCAUGAAAGGAGGCACAUUUGAUCCUUACCCAAGCCAUUCUGCUGACCCUUACGUAAUUAAAAAAUCUAAGGCUGUCACAACUAAUAAAGAACGACAGAUUUUUCAUCCUCCUCCUGGACCAAAAAGCAGACCUGUUAUGAGCAUAAUAAAUUUAAAUGUCAUAAGAUCAUUAAAUGUAAAGAACUACAAGACUGCACAGCUGACAUCUUAUUAGGUGUAAAAGGUGAAAUGAAGGGUAUGCUUUUUAGACCCUGUAAAAAAUGUUAACAAAGCAAAUAAACAUGUGAAGAGUGGAAUUCAGGUAUAUAGGGCAAUCCAGUCUGUCUAAUUAUUGGGAAUGCAAUCUUAUGUUUCUAAAUAUAAAGCUGUAAUAAAUAAUUUAAGAUUAUUAAGUCCAGGUUUGCAUUUUUAUAUAAAUUUUCAUUUUAUUGCUUACCUGGACUUCUGAAAUGUACUUUUAGAAAACACACUUUCUAGUGAGUAAUUUGGGUUGCAAAUUGACUAGACAUUGCAGUGGAAGAAAGUGCAUAUAUUUUAAAGUGUGUAUUGGUGUUUGUAUUAACCAAGUUAGUCACAUGUGGCUCACAGUGAAACUAAGGUCAUUGUUUCCCUUUAGUAGAAUUACAACUUGUACUUUAUUUAAACUAUAAUUUUCUGUAAGAACUGUCUUAAAAAUAUAUACUUUUUAGUUUUGAUGACCUUCUCAAAAUGACUGAUAUCAAGCAUUGUUCACAAACACAAGCAAGCUGUUAUGAAGGGAGGAGUCACCUCUGUUUACCAGCAUCUGUUUACUGCUCUUCCUCAAUUUCCAGAUAACCAUAAGUGCUACCAUAUUCUUUAAAACAGCUUAAUUUCACUUUGUGGAGGGUUCCUAACAAAUCUGAUCCAUCUUUCAAAGUAGCUUCUUCUCAGAUAUAUCAGAUGUAUCAUGUGAUCCUGAACGUACAUCUUACCUACAUCUUAAUAAUUGUCAGGUUUUUAUAUGUGGUCCAAGACAUUUGUUCAUGUAAAUUAAGGCUAAUUUAUUAUAAAAACAAACAAAAAACUUUCUAAAUUAUUAAAUGAAGACAAAAUUUCUUUAUUCAUUUUUAUUGAAGAUUUAUUGUACCACUGCAGAAUAUUCAUGAAAUGGUAUCCUUUCGGCUGUUCACAGGAUAAUAGUUUUUUUAAAGAAAUUCCAGAGUGGAUCUCACAUUUCCUGACAUCAGUGAAAAUAAAAAUAAACCAAAGAAUUGUUGGUCAGGUCUUCCAGCGUGUGUUGAAGCAUAAAAACCCUAAUCUUGAGAUCAACAGGAUCCAACAAUAUUUUAAAAUAUUAAUUUACACAAGAAUUUUGAUGUUUUCUCUAUCCAAAGACCUAUAACAGAAUUCCUUCCUUCUUUGCUUAUACCUUGUAUUAGAUAGUGGUCCUGGUGCUGACCUUAGGUACCUUAGUGUCAUCUUUGUAGAGAGCGUCAGGAGCAUUUGCCAUGUUGUUCACUUGUGAAGUCCGCAGAUGCAGUGUUCUUAGGUAGAUUGAACUGUACUGUAUUUCCUCCUAACUGCUGUUCUGAUGUAGUAUAGCUGAUGAAGACUGCUCUGAGGUUUUGCUUUCUAUCCUUCUGUCUCUUCUCUUUUCGCAAUUCUUCCUUUUCUAUUUUCUUCUGUAUUUCAAUAAUCUUUUCAUUCACUAACAAGAUGGGGAUACUGAAAGCUGAUUAAAAUAUAUGGAGCUUAUUUAAAAAAAAAAAAAAGAAUCAAUCCAGCUUGUUUGAGAAGAUUUUGGUGUAUGUAGUCUGGCCUUGUGUGGUCAUCAUGGGAGCCAAUAACUUCAUCUGAUAAGUCCCCACCAGAAAAUGUGUGGUUCCAAGGAGCUGACACCCAGUUCUAUCUAGGGCCUCAGGAUGCUGUUUUGAUACAAACGGUAUUGUGUCCCUUGGCUGCUUGGCAGAACAUUUGUCUGUGUUGGUGGAAUUUAGAACUUUCUUAAAUUUUAUUGCCCAGUUAUCUAAGGUAAGGAGGACAUUAGACAUUGCAUUGUUUUUAUAAUAGCAGCUUCUCUACAUCCUUACAGUAUAGAUAUAGCCAGUUACCUUUAUAACUGAUUCUGUCCACAAUUUAAUAGUUACAGUCUGAAGCAACUUCGUGAUUAUGCAGGCAUUUAGAUAUGAUUAAACACCUGAUCAUCUUCUCAAUAGCCCAAGUAUUUACCAUUUUAAUGACCUUACUGACAUCGGGUGUGCAAUGCAAAAUCGUUGCAUAAUACUUUUGCCUAUCUCCAGUAAAAAACCACAACAAACCCUUUUGUAUCUUUUAAACAUUUUUUUACAGGGAAAAGCAUUAAAAACUAGACUUAUAUCUUAAAUGUAGAUUUUAGUCAUUCUACUAUAUGUAUCAUUCAUGAUACAAAAUUAUGUUCUAUUGCUUUUAGUGUCUUGUAUUACAAAUCAGAUAAAUAAUUGUCAAUUUGCUGCAAUCAGUCUUUAUGAAUUAUUGGAAAAAUAGGAAGAAAUGGAUUACUUUUAUGUCUCUGAAGAUGAUAUGGCCUUUAUUGGCCAGAAGCUUGUACACCGAGUGUUGGACUAAUAGGAAAGUGAAGAUAAAUAAUUACCUCUAAGUCUGUUCUGGAAACACCAAUAACUAAUUACAUGGUUUUACUUUCAUGGAUUUAUUUUUAAAGUAGAGAGUAAAAAAGAAAGAAGUUCCUAAAAAAAAAAAAAAAAAAAAAAAAAAAAAAAAAAGCAAACACCAGAAAAACCAGUCCUAAUAGCAUUGUAGAGACACCCUAUACAGGCAGCUUCAACUUCACAGAAUAUUAUAUGCAGUGUUUUUGAGAAAUUCUUCCUCCCCAUGACCUCUUGGCUGAGAAAAUCAGAGUAUUUGUGCAGUGAUUAUGUCCAAGAGGAUAAUUUUCACAGCUUUUUUUCAUAGCCUUUCAUAGCUGUGUGACCAUGUUCUCUGAAUAUGUUUACACUGAAAAUGUUAAAAUUCAUGUUUUAACUAAUAAGCUAAGUCAGUAUCUAUUAUAAAGAGAUAAAGGGUACCUUGUGUUUCUUUUCUGUCUAAGCUUUAUCCGAUUGGAGUCUCUCAAAGUCCUUCUGCAGCAUCUGUUUAGUAUCAGAACAUUCCUGCAGGGUCAUUUCAGGGUUAAGUUUUUUGGCUUCCAGUGUUUGCAUUAAUGGAAGAUGAGUUUCCACUUCAGAUUUUGCCAUGGUUUCUUUUUCUGUUUGUUGCAUUUCACUCUGAUUUCUUUCAAGUUCUUGCUCUAGGGAACUAUUUUAUUUUGUAAGCUGGGAUAUUUCUAUCUUCAUUUUUUUUAUUUGUUUCUUGUAACUGGAAGCGUUCCUUUUGCAAGAACAGCAGUGUUUUUUUCUUCUACUUUCUUGUUCUUAAUUUGAAAUCAUAUUGUGUCUGUACUGAAUGUUGGUUUCCAUUAUGGAGUUGAUUCCCCUCUUCCUCAAGGUUGUUUAUCUGGUAUUGGAGUUCUUUACCUUUUCUUAAGAAGUUCUUUGCUUCCUUAAUAAAUUCCUCAUUAUCGUGACUUAAACAACUGGAUUUGCACACUUUUCAGCUAAAUCCUUAAUUUGCUUAUUACAUUUUGAUAUUUUUUCUUUCAAAUACUGUAUGGUAAGAGGUGAGAGGUUUCACUUUGUUCUUGAGCUGAAUUUUAAUUUGGAAGAUUGCGUACUGUUUCUUGCAAUGCUUCAGUUUUGCCGUCAUAUUCAGAGGCUACUUUGAUUUCACUGAACUUCUGAUUUCCUGGCCUCAGUAACAUUUGAUUUAAAGUAGUCUGUUGUUAUUUUUCUUAUUUUAGUUGGUCUUUGUUAUCAAGCAUUAGUAGCUUAUCUUUUCUGUCUCAGAAAAAGAAUAACCUGGAAUCUGUCACCUUCACUGUAAUCGAUUCUAAAUUCUUUAUGUACAUUUUUGCUUUGAGAUUCUGCUUUUUCACUGUAUACUGUUGUAGGAGAACCACCCUGUGUCCUGGCACAUUUGGAGUCUUUAUAAAAUUCUUGAUCAAAAUGUAGGCCAUUUUCUUUAAUUGGAACUAAGCCAAUAUGUGAUUCAUCUAAAGAGGUCACAAUUUCUGCACUUUCUUUUAGGUUAUUUAAUUUUUCUCUGGGUAAAAAGCCCUAUUUUUCCUGCAUUAUCUGCUAAUAAAUCCAAAUUAUUUGACUGUCUUCUGAAAUUCUUUUUUCAGCAACUUGGUAGGAUAUUAUUGUCUAUUUUAUGAAAUUCUUUCCCAAAUUUGGGAAAAGGUAUAUGGUGUUUAGAUUCACUCAAAAUGACCUCCUCAUGGACAGCGUUCAACCUUUCUGUCUCCCAGUCAGUGCCAGAUAGCAAAUGUCCCCAUUUAUGUUCAUUUUUUAAUUGCAAAUAUCCUGUUGUUUCCAAACAGAUCAUCUGAAUUUUCAACCUUUUCUGUUGCUAUAGUUUUAAGCAAAAUCCUAUGAGGAAUAUUUAUAUCACUGAUGAAAUUUCCAGUAGAACAGGUUCUGCUGACAGUAACAUGAAAUGGAAUUAACUUUGAAAACAACAGAGCUUCCUUGAGUUUACAGUGAUAUAAAUGAGAGAAGGAUCUAGACCUUCCUUUUUUUAACUGAGUUUCAUUUUUCCUAUGUUUUUCUGAGGUUUUAAAAUUGUUUUUAUAAGCCCCCAAAUAAUACUGUGACUAAGAAAGAGCAAGAACCUAAAGUGAGAUUUUCUUGUCAGCUUUUGUAAGGUGGACAGAUGACUAAAUGUGUACUUAAUGUACACAAUAGUCUAAGAAUAGAUCUUACUUAAAACACCUAUGGCAGUAUCUAAAAAUGCAGCAGGAGGCUUUUGUAUUUUAAGAGCAUUUGUGUUCUACUUUUACCGUGUUACUAUUCUCCAGAGUCUGUUGCUGAAAUGUCUGAAAUCAUUCCAGCUAUUGCUGAAGAAUCUAAAAUGUAUAAAAUGAAUAUAAUAACAUUGG